AUGGGUAAAGAACUCGGUCCCGGUGUCGGCUUCGAGUUUCCCUCGUUCGAGGUCAAGUGGCUGAAGCGCGAUCUUCUUCUCUUCGCGAACAGCAUUGGAGCUACGUAUCCCGAUGAGCUGCACUUCCUCUACGAACUCCACCCUCAUUUCGCUGCCUUCCCAACCUACGCAAUCGUCCUUCCCUUCAAACACGCCGACCAAGAUGUCAUUGACUUUUAUGCGCGCAGCAACGCCGAGCCCAUUGAGGGAGUCCCCAAGUUCGACACCAGGGGCGUUCUUGAUGGAGAGCGCAAGAUCGAGUUCCUAAAGCCCUUGCCGGUCACGAGUGAGGGACGCAAAUUUGAGAUUAGGAGUAAAGUGCUCGGUGUGUACGACAAGGGCAAGGCGACGGUCGUGGAAACAGAGCAGCGCCUUGUCGAUGCCGAGACGGGCGAGACGUAUACCCGGGCUGUUGGUAGCGGAUUCUACGUUGGCCAGGGUGGAUGGGGAGGUCCCAAGGGCCCCAAGGUCCCCAACUUCCCCCCUCCCGAUCGCGCACCCGACUCAACCCGCGUCUUCCAAACCACGCCAGAAACCGCCCACCUCUACCGCCUCAAUGGCGACUACAAUCCCCUACACGCCGACCCCGAGCCCGGCAAGAAGAUGGGCUUCGGUGGGCCCAUCAUCCACGGCCUCUUCUCCUGGAACCUGGCCGCAAACUCGGUCCUCAAGGCCUUUGGCAGCAGCAAGCCCGAGAACCUCAAGGCCUUUCAAGCGCGCUUCGCCGCGCCCGUCAAGCCCGGCGACCGGCUGAUUGUAGACAUGUGGAGGACGGGCGAUGUGGACAAGGAGGGCUUCGAGGAGAUUCGAUUCACCGUUCGCGUGCACGGUGGCAAGACGGUGCUCACGAAUGGGCGGGCGCUGGUUCGGCCUGAGGGCCAGGUUCGAGCCAAGUUGUAG